AUGGUGGCGCUGUCCAGCGGCCCCUCGGGGGGUUGUCUGUCAAUGGCCAUGGCCACCGCCGUGGUGGUUUUCAUGGCAAUGGCGAAUGUGGCUUCUGCCACCGGUGAGAAGUACGUCUACGCUUCUCCGCCGCCGCCGUACUACAAGUCUCCGGACACUCCUUACUACAAGCCUCCCGUUUCACCGCCCUACUACAAGUCGCCGGAUACUCCUCACUACAAACCUCCCGUGUCACCUCCCUACUACAAGUCGCCGGAGACUCCUUACUACAAGCCUCCCGUUUCACCUCCCUACUACAAGUCGCCGGAGACUCCUUACUACAAGCCUCCCGUUUCACCGCCCUACUAUAAGUCGCCGGACACUCCUCACUACAAACCUCCCGUGUCACCUCCCUACUACAAGUCGCCGGAGACUCCUUACUACAAGCCUCCCGUUUCACCUCCCUACUACAAGUCGCCGGAGACUCCUUACUACAAGCCUCCCGUUUCACCGCCCUACUAUAAGUCGCCGGAUACUCCUCACUACAAACCUCCCGUGUCACCUCCCUACUACAAGUCGCCGGAGACUCCUUACUACAAGCCUCCCGUUUCACCGCCCUACUACAAGUCGCCGGAGACUCCUUACUACAAGCCUCCCGUUUCACCGCCCUACUACAAGUCGCCGGAGACUCCUUACUACAAGCCUCCCGUUUCACCGCCCUACUACAAGUCGCCGGAGACUCCUUACUACAAGCCUCCCGUUUCACCGCCCUACUACAAGUCCCCAAAGACUCCUUACUACAAGCCUCCGGUUUCACCUCCCUACUACAAGUCGCCUGAGACUCCUUACUACAAGCCUCCGGUUUCACCGCCCUAUUACAAGUCGCCGGAGACUCCUUACUACAAGCCUCCCGUUUCACCGCCCUACUACAAGUCGCCAGACACUCCCUACUACAAGUCGCCAAAGACUCCUUACUACAAGCCUCCGGUUUCACCUCCCUACUACAAGUCGCCUGAGACUCCUUACUACAAGCCUCCGGUUUCACCUCCCUACUACAAGUCGCCUGAGACUCCUUACUACAAGCCUCCCGUUUCACCGCCCUACUACAAGUCGCCAGACACUCCCUACUACAAGCAUCCGGUUUCACCUCCCCUACCUGAGUCGCCUGGAGACUCCUUGCACAAGCCUCCGUUUCACCGCCCUGCAAGAGUCGCCGGAUGCUCCUUUACUACAAGCCUCCCGUUUCACUGCCGCCCUGCACAAGUCGCCGGUUGCUCCUUCCUGAAGCCUCCGUUUCACCGCCCUACUACAGAGUCGCCGGAGACUCCUUACUGAAGCCUCCGGUUUCGCCGCCCCCACUACAAGUCUCCGGAGACUCCUUGCACUACAAGCCUCCCGUUUCACUGCCUCCCCUGCUACAAGUCGCCGGAGACUCGCCACUACAAGCCUCCCGUUCUACCGCCCUGCACUACAAGUCGCCAGACACUCCUUUCUAAAACCUCCGUGACACCGCCCUACUACAAGUCCCAAAGACUCCUUACUACAAGCCUCCAGUUUCCCCGCCUCCCUGCACAAGUCGCCUGAGACUCCUUACACAAACCUCCGGUUUUCACCGCCCUAUUACAAGUCGCCGGAUGCUCCUUACUACAAAAGCCUCCCGUUUCCCGCCGCCCUGCAGAGUCGCCAGGCCUCCGCCUGGCCUCCUGUUUCACCUCCCUACUGCAAAGUCGCCACACACUCCCUUACUACAAGCCUCCAGUUUCACCGCCCUACCUAGGUCGCCGGAGACUCCUUACCUGAAGCCUCGAGCAGCCCUGCACAAGUCGCCAAGAGACUCCUUACUACAAACCCCUCCUGUUUCACCUCCCUGCUACAAGUCGCCGGGGCUCCUUACAAGCCUCCAGUUUCACCGCUUCCCUACUACAAGUCGCCAGACACUCCUUACUACAAGCCUCCCGUUUCACCGCCCUACUACAAGUCGCCAGACACUCCUUACUACAAGCCUCCCGUUUCACCGCCCUACUACAAGUCGCCAGACACUCCUUACUACAAGCCUCCCGUGACACCGCCCUACUACAAGUCCCCAAAGACUCCUUACUACAAGCCUCCGGUUUCACCUCCCUACUACAAGUCGCCUGAGACUCCUUACUACAAGCCUCCGGUUUCACCGCCCUAUUACAAGUCGCCAGAGACUCCUUACCACAAGCCUCCCGUUUCACCGCCCUACUACAAGUCGCCGGACACUCCUUACUACAAGCCUCCCGUUUCACCGCCCUACUACAAGUCGCCGGACACACCGUACUACAAGCCUCCGGUUUCGCCGCCCUACUACAAGUCGCCGGAGACUCCUUACUACAAGCCUCCCGUGUCACCUCCGAAGAAGCCCUACUACUACAAGUCUCCUCCGCCACCACAUCCUUCUUACUGGUACAAGCCUCCUCCAUCACCACAACCUCCUUACUGGUACAAGCCGCCUCCAUCACCACAACCUCCUUACUGGUACAAGCAUACUCCAAAACCACAUCCUCCUCACUACUACAAGCCUACUCCAAAACCACACCCUCCUUACUACUACAAAUCUCCUCCGCCACCCCAUCCAUCUUACAACUACAAGUCUCCUCCGCCACCUCAUCCGUCCUACUACUACAAGUCUCCUCCCCCACCACAUCCGUCCUAUUACUACAAGUCUCCUCCGCCACCUCAUCCGUCCUACCACUACAAAUCUCCUCCGCCACCCCAUCCAUCUUACUACUACAAGUCUCCGCCACCUCAUCCGUCAUACUACUACAAGUCUCCUCCCCCACCACAUCCGUCAUACUACUACAAGUCUCCUCCCCCACCACAUCCGUCCUACUAUUACAAGUCUCCUCCCCCACCACCCAAGUACGUCUACUCUUCCCCCCCACCACCCAAGUACGUCUACUCUUCCCCCCCACCACCACCCUACUAUUAA